AUGGCUACUAUGGGCUUCCCACCUCGCCAGUGUCUGACUUGCGCGUCCAGCGGCGAUGCCUGUGACGGUGGACUCCCUAUUUUUCCCUGGCAGAAGAGUUCUUUCACGGCUUCACCACAGAACCUCGGUGUGCAAGUUCAGACCCCUCUUACGAGCGGUAUGGCUGUUUUCACAGAAAACUAUCUCAAAUCCGAACAUGGCGCUUUGAUCAGAGGCAUCACAAGUGUCUACGGAACUCUCAAAUCAAUGCAGCGCUUUGAUGACAUGGAGCUCAAGUCACCUCCUCAGGCGAACUUCCUUAUGGGGAAACUCACCUCUAUAGGAUUGGAGACCUCUCUUUGCAUGCUUCAACUGAAUCUAGAUUAUGACGGUCACUAUGUAGAUUUUCUUAUGUACCCUUCGACUGCACGAUUAGCCAAUAGCGUCAUAAAUUUAAGGGCUCGACGAGGGAUUCCAAACCGAACCAAAUCUGAAUGA